ACGCAUAAGGAAUACUGGGAAGAUCUUAAAUUCAUUUGGUCCAGGAACAGAAGCCAUCAGACAAAUAAAGAAGGUUGACUGUCUGAGUGAAUUAGACAACAAAGAAAAUACAUACAAUUCAAGAUCCUAACACUAAUAAACAACAAUGUCCUUCCUGAAAGAGAUCAGCCCAUUGGUGAAGAACCAUUAUCUCUCGAGGAAAGAUGUUUUAUCGAGAUGUGCGGCUCAGAUCACAGCUGAAAUACAACAGGGUGAGAGAAGAAACUAUAAUGAGGUGCAUGAUUUGUCUUCUGGGGAUCUGCACAGAGGAGGAAUAAAACCCAUCACCUUUGUUCGUCAAGUCCUUGCUGGCUGCUUGUAUCCAGCCCUUUUGGAGGAUGACAGUCUGCCAUUAGAUGUUAAACAAAGAGCCGAAAGUCUCCUUAGGGAAUGCGAUGGUGGAAGCAUAGGUUCAUAUACAGAGUCGGGUGGAAUCGCCAAAAUCAAACACUGCGUGUCCCAGUUUAUUACAAGGAGAGACAGAGGAGUUCCUUCCUCACCUGACAACAUCUUCAUCAAGUCUGGCUCACAGACGGCUCUCAUGAUUAUGCUGAAGCUGCUGAUUCGUAGUGAGGACUCGUGUCGGACUGGUGUGCUCAUACCUGUACCCACAUAUGCUACAUUUACUCUGGCUCUGGAGGAGCAGGGAGCCGCCAUCAUACCGUACCAUCUGUGUGAGGAAGAGGGCUGGACACUGCAGGUGGAGGAGCUUCACAGGGCACUACAAGAAGCUAGAAAGAUCUGCAAUCCAGUAGCACUUUAUAUCUGCAACCCAGGGAAUCCAACAGGUCACUUACAGGGCAGGAAGUCCAUAGAAGAAGUGAUCCGGUUCGCUGCAGAAGAAAGACUCUUUAUAUUGGCUGAUGAGGUGUAUCAGAGCUGUGUGUAUGGAGACGAUACUGAGUUUUAUUCCUAUAAGAAGGUGUUAUCAGAAAUGGACUCCAAUAUUUCCAGCACUGUAGAACUGGCCUCCUUCAAUUCUGUCUCCAAGGGCUUCAUGGGAGAGUGUGGGUUUCGUGGUGGCUAUGUGGAGCUGGUGAAUCUUGACCCUGCGGUGAUGAAACACGCUCAUACGCUGUUUUCCACUAGGUCCUGCCCCCCUGUUGUUGGACAAAUUGCACUUGACCUUAUGGCAGAUCCUCCAAAACCUGGUGAUCCUUCAUUCUCCACCUUCUCUGAGGAGGUCCAAUCAAUUAAAAACACGAUACGUAAAAACACUGGUCGAAUUCAGGAGGUCUUUGCUGAGCUGCCGGGGAUCAGCUGCCACCCACUGAAGGCUGGGGUUUUUGUCUUCCCCUGUCUACACUUCCCUCCAAAGGCAAUAAAAUGGGCCAAGAAAAGACAGAUGGAACCAGACAUGCUGUACUGUUUGCAUUUGCUAGAGGAAACAGGUCUGCAUGUGAGGCCGGGCUGUGAAUACGGACAGAGAAAGGACAGCCAUCAUAUCAGGCUUUUUGUGGGAACUCAAGAGAAAAUAAUGGAAGAAGCUCUGCAAAGACUGAAGACGUUCCACAUGCGAUUCAUGAAGGAGUUUUCUUAGUGUCAUCUUCAGAUUAUGAGAUCUGUUGAACCACUGAAUGCAUGAAUGUUUUACUUAUAAGCAACUCAAAAUGUAUACAGAUCUGUAAACUGACCCAAUAGUAUCUGCCCUUAUAAUUUCAAAGUAGUAUAAUAAAGAAUUUUGUUGUCUGUUGAAACUUGGAAAUGUAUUUUAAGCUUCACCACCAUUACUUACAUUCAAGUAGAUUCAGCAUCUGGCUCAUAUUUGGGAUCUGAACCUUUCAAUACAUUAAUCGCAAAACGUUUUUGUUCUGUUCACGGAUUUGCAGUAACAUGGAUUUAACAUACCUACUAGAACUAGAAUGAAUUCAGAGUAAAUCAGAAAUAAAAAUCAAAUGUAAUAAAUUGUAGUCAGAUAAACAAAACAUUCUCAAUAUAUCUAAGAGUAAAAGAUGCAUAAGCCUACUUGACAUCAGAAAGAUACACAGUGCUGGUGCAUGGAUUAGAAUGGCUUCUUUUCCUUCUAGUAUUCAGACUAACCCUCUAAAUGGAGUCUUGGAGAGUUUGCUUCUAUAUAGCAGGUCUUUAUAGCAUAUAUAGCAUGUUUCAGAGCAUAACAAUGGUUUUUAAUUAAAGAGACAAUAUUUCUCCAAAUGACAAAAUAGUUUUGGUUGAUGCAAUAUGAUACUGGUGGUAUGGCCACACCUCAAAGGAAGACUGUGUCAUAGUGAAGGUAGAAAACCCUUUGACAUAAGAUUUUCAUUUCUAAAUGAUAAGGUUGCUCACUAAAAAGAAAUAAAUAUUAUUGAGACAGUUCCUGCUGUUUUUGUUUUCACAGGUAACAAAAUGUUUAAAAAUGUGUUAGUUUUCAUGUAGAUGUUAAAUAUUACUGGCCCACUUUUGCUGAAUGUUUUCGAUAAACUGGGCCAGUGGGAUUCAGGUAAAGUGGACCAACCUUUAACCUUCAGUAAUUAUACUCAAAUUCAUUAAAUAAAUUGACAUUCACUGGUUUUUUGUAGUUGACAUGUAUUAUUUACUUUUUUUGGAAAACAGAAAUGAGUCUGCAGUCAGGAAUUUCAAGUCAGAGAUGGAAGAAAGGAAAGACAAUAGUAAGGAAGUCAAGGUAUGUAGCUCAAUCUGUGGAUUGAAGAAAGGAUAAGAGGAGAAAAAUGUAGAUGCAGAAUAUAAAGCUUUAAAAUAUGGACACAACUGAAGUUAAUUUAAAGUGUUUAGAGAGCAUAGACAGAAAAACAUUUUACAUAUGCUUACAAUUUUAAAUGUUCCUAUUUAUUUUUAGACUGUUUGUUGUUGUUGUCACUUUUUUUUGCAUAUUGUAGAGUUAAUUUAUAUUUUGAUUUCUAAAUAUUCUGAUAUUCACAUUUCAUCAAAUUUAAUGUAAUAACAUUCUUUUAGUUGUUUGGAAUUUCACACAAGAAUUGA